UCACCUGUUCUGAAAAUACCGCUAAUCCCUUCCAUCCUCAAGGGACAUUGGCAAUGCUAGCACUCAAUACUACGUCGUUCUCUUUGCUACCACAAAACCCAAAACCAUUUUCUCUUUCUAGGGUUUCAAGCUUCAUUUGCAGAGCAUUUACCAAAUUCCCCGGAGACUCAGAUUCCGACGACUCACCGGAUGAAAUUCCCGGCCGGAGGUCCAAUUACUCCGGCGUCAAGCUCGAAGAAACAGUUGGUGGCAAAACCGGAAAGCUCCGACUAGAUUCAUGGGUCAGUUCCCGGAUCGACGGAGUUAGUAGAGCUCGUGUUCAGUCUAGCAUCCGCUCUGGCCUUGUUUCCGUCAAUGGACGUGUCACUGAUAAGGUCUCACAUAUGGUAAAAGGUGGAGAUAAGGUUGAUUGUACAAUAGCUGAUUUGAAGCCUUUAAGAGCUGAACCAGAGGAUAUACCAUUGGAUAUAGUGUAUGAAGAUGAGCAUGUUCUUGUUGUUAACAAGCCUGCUCACAUGGUAGUUCAUCCUGCACCAGGAAAUGCUACUGGAACGCUUGUAAGUGGUAUUCUUCAUCACUGCAGUCUUCCUACUGUUUCAUUUCCGGGUGAGGAAGUGCUUUCUGAUGUGGAGGAUGCUUCUGAUGAUGAGUUGAACAUGUUUUCUGCCAAUCGAAGUCCUAAUUAUGGUGACUCUUCUGUUAUGUGUGAGUCAUCUGUUCGGCCAGGAAUUGUGCAUAGGUUAGACAAAGGAACAAGUGGAUUGCUUGUUGUAGCGAAGAACGAGCAUUCCCUUGCCGGUCUAGCUGAGCAGUUUAAGAAACAUACCAUUAAGAGAGUAUACGUCAGCAUUACUUGUGGGGUACCAGCUUCAGUCGCAGGACGCGUUGAUAUUCCAAUUGGUCGUGAUUCUAAUAACAGAAUCCGUAUGGCUGCUAUCCCUGGGACACCUAAAAGUGGAAAAUCCCGUCAUGCUGUCAGUAGGUAUAAAGUAAUUGAAAAACUUGCUGGGGGUGGCUCGGCAUUGGUUGAAUGGAGGCUAGAAACUGGUCGCACUCAUCAGAUACGUGCUCAUGCGAAGUACCUAGGUAUACCUCUUAUGGGUGAUGAAGUGUAUGGAGGUACGAAGAACAUGGCCCUUUCGCUUCUUCAGCAUAAAACACCACCAAUGUUUCAUGGGAAACUUUCACAAUUGGUGUCUCAAAUUGACAGACCUUGCCUCCAUGCUUUAACCCUCGGAUUUAGGCAUCCAUUCACAGGCGAGAAUAUACAUUUUACGCGGUUGCCUCCUCCUGAUUUUGCUGAGAUAUUAAGCGAUCUACGUGCCAUCAACACUGAGAAGGUAACUCAUCCAAAUUACUUCUAA